AUGUCGAUGGUACGUAAAAAAGUGUUAUAUCUCUUCGAUGUUGAUGGCACCUUGACUAAGCCGCGUCAGGUAAUCGAAGAGGAAAUGACGCGAUUUCUACUGGAAGACCUGAAGCCUCGGGUCGCAGUCGCCCUCGUCAGCGGAUCAGACUACUCUAAAAUUGUUGAACAAAUGGGCGGGGAGCAAGUAACUAAUCAGUUUGAUUACGUUUUUUGUGAAAAUGGUCUAAUGCAUUUUCAUAACGGGGAGUUAAAAAGUAAACAAAGUAUCUUAAACCACAUGGGUGAGCAAAAGUUGCAGAAACUUAUAAACUUUGCACUCAGGUACUUGUCAGACAUUGAGCUACCUGUUAAAAGAGGAAAUUUUGUAGAAUUUCGUACAGGAAUGAUCAAUCUUUGUCCUGUAGGACGUUCCUGUAAUCAAGCUGAGAGGGAUCAGUUUUCUGCAUAUGAUAGCAAAAAUAAAAUCAGGGAAAAAUUUGUAACUGCUUUAAGAAAUGAAUUUCCAGAUUAUGGUCUGACUUUUGCGAUCGGAGGGCAAAUCAGCAUUGAUGUGUUCCCUACAGGUUGGGACAAGACUUACUGCUUAAACCAUAUUGCCGAUGCUAAUUAUGAUGAAAUCCACUUUUUUGGUGAUAAAACUGAAAAAGGAGGCAAUGAUUAUGAAAUAUUCAUUGAUCAGAGAACCAUUGGACACAAAGUGACAUCUCCUCAAAAUACCAAAGAAGUGGUUAUGAAAUGCCUUAAUAUAUGA